AUGUGGGGUAUUACGCUUCCACCCUCUACUCCCGUGGUAUACUCCAUCUUCGGCAUCCAGCGCCCUCCGGGGAAGGACGACAGUGAGCAAGAGCUGCUCAUUCAACGUUUCACCAAACUCCUUACCGACCAUCCCCGCCACAUCGAGACCUUGGAGCAAGACACUCCCGUCCCAACGCGCAUCUGGCUCACGUACUGGCAGUCCCAGGCAGAUUUCCAGAAGUGGUGGACCAGUGGUCCCGUCUCAACCUUCUGGGACUCCCUCCCCGACGACGCCGGCGUAUACCGCGAGAUCCUCACCGUACCUCCGGGCCUCACCCAGCAUGGAACAAACAGUGGCGAUCGUCUCUCGGGAGGUAUCUCGCAUCUUGGAGAGUUCGAGUCGAUUCUGGAUAAAUCGGGAUAUUGGGGUUGUUAUUAUGAUCGCAUGGCGGAUGUCACAAAGGAGAAUAGGUUCCCUUCUCCAGUGACGAAGAAGCCAAACCGAGUCUCCUCUCCUCUAACGUCCAUUCGGAGAGGAAGGGCCACGCUUCCCACCUUACCAGAUAAUAUUAUUUUCGUCGUCGAGGGCCAGGAUCACAGCUAUAUCUCGCCGGAAGAAAAGAGCCACUGGAUGGAUCAUUUUGAUAAACCUGUCGAGGACUGGAUUGGGGACCUUGUUGCGGCCGGACCGGAGAAAGGCAUCCUCGAUGCACGGGUUUGCUAUGACCCUAGCAGUGGAAUAUACCGUGCGGCAGACGCAGAGCCCCAAGCGUUGAACUUUAACCGCAAGGCGCAGCUGUUCUAUUUCCUGGAUAUGGAGGCCAUGGAGCGGAUUGGGAGGCAGAAUGCAGGCCAUGUCAAGCUCAGAAGGAAGUUCAUGCAAGACUAUGGACCCGGAGGGGUGGCCCAGGAGCUGUCGCCAGCGCUUUGCCUUUGGGUAGAGGCGAGUAUCUUGAAAGGACACGAUGUGGAGUGUGAGUAUGUGGGAUGCGUGGAGGGAACGGGACUGAUGGGGUUGAAUUGGGAAUCGGAUUAA